UGUGUAGUCACAGUCGUGUAUUUUUAUCAAACGUUCUGUAGUCAUGAAACAAUGAAACAUAACCAGUAAUGCUCGACGACCGACACCAUUAUAACAUUUAAAAAAUGACACAAUAUUUAUUUGUGUUCACCAUUUUGGCGUUAACUUAUGUGUUUGGACAUUGUUCUCUGGGAGACAGCUUCCCAUCUUACAGAAAUUGUGUUGUAGAAUGUUCACAGAAACGAUGCGACAAGGAUGGAGUAAGAUACAAGAGAAGCUGUUGUCUUGUAGUUUUAGAAGUUUUUAAAUGGAAAUGUUCUGAAAACUGCAAAUAUGAUUGCAUGUGGCCAAUGGUUGAAGGUUUGGUGGAACGUGAUUGGCCAGUUCCACAGUUUCACGGAAAGUGGCCAUUUAAGAGACUACUUGGUCUACAAGAACCUGCAUCUGUAGCUUUUUCUUUAUUAAAUUUAUUAACAAAUUUGGUAAUGUUCAACCGUUUCAAAGAGCAAAUUCGUUUCACUUUACCAUCAUGUAAUAUAUGGUCUUUGUACACAUUGGUAUCAGCAAACUGUUGGUUUUGGUCAGCUGUAUUCCAUGGUCGAGACACUAUGUUUACAGAAUUAAUGGACUACAUUAGUGCUUAUGCUAUGGUUUUAUUUGCAUUUUAUACAAUUGGUCAUCGAAUCCUAUUGUACAGUAAUCAAAUUGUGAAGAAUACAUUUAUGGUUAUCUGUUCUCUUGCAUUUAUCUAUCAUUCGUUAUAUCUACUUACCACAGAAUAUGAUUACAAGUACAACAUGACAACUAAUCUUCUCGUUGGUGCUGUAACAGGCACAGCCAUGCUAAUAUGGGCAGUGUUGAAUCGUCGCAGAAUGGGCCAUGGUAAAUAUUUGAUAUUUUACGUACUUGGCAUGACAUUGGCUUCAUUACUAGAGCUAGCAGAUUUUCCACCACUUUUGUGGACAUUUGAUGCGCAUUCACUCUGGCAUUUAGCAACAGCCCCAAACGCGUAUUUCAUGUACAAGUUUGCCAUUGAAGACUGUAAACAUCAGCGUCGAAUGUUGCUGAAAUGACAGUUUCUUGCACUGGGGAUACCUCAGAUACAAGACGAAUAAGACUUGAAUAAUGAAUUUAGUUUUCCUGACCUACACUAAUCUUUACCUGAUUUAUUAGGUAUAAAUAAUUUAUUAUUACUUCCUGAAUAGAGCUCACCAUGAUAUUUUAAUGAGGUAUAGUAUGAUAAUUAUCAUAUUAUAAUUAUACGACUAUUUCCUCAUUUAAGUAAUUUGUUUUAUUUUUGUAUACAAAUUUUACCACGAUAUGUUAACCCCCAUCAAACUCGAUUUGUAGGUUUAAGUUAACCGUGACAUAUUAGAUGUUAUAUACAAAUAUGACAUAAAACUAUUUAACUAUCGAUCAAAUAUUUUACUCGUAUGUUUAUCGAGUCACCACAAUACAACUUACCAAAAAAUAACUACUACCCGUAUCCAUUACUACUUACUAGCUAUAUUAAUAUAUUUUUAUGAAUCUCACAAAAGUUACUCAGUUAUUGUGAUAAAAUGUUAACAAAUCUGUUAUAUAAUUACAUAUUUAAGUCUCCUUGUAUGUUUCAUUGCCAUGUGGUUUUCUUUUGCCUAUUUUUGUUGAUGAUUUUAUGCAUACUAUUUAGUUGUUGUUUUUAUUUUGAUAUUAAUUAUCUGUUACAUAUUUAUAUUAAAGAAUUAUUGGCUUCCAACCAAUUUAUUUAUAUUUUACCUAAGAUAUCUACUUUACUAGUCUAUUUAGAUUUUUAUUAUUACCUAAAUGUGAAAAUGUACUAUUUAUGAAGAUAUGAAAUAUUUUGUACUAUAGAAAAUUAUGUUUUAUUUUUAAUUUGGUUUUCAUAUUAAAAAAUCUGUUAUAUA